UAUAAUAAAAAAAAAUCUGUUUGCCUUUUAUCUUUUAGGUUUAUAAAGUAGUAUUUUUAGAAUGAUUUUCAAAAUUAAAUGAACCCUAUAGUAAAAGAAGCAACCCAUUUGAAGAAGGAAGUGGCAGUGAGGUUGACUCGUUGACUAGUGACUACUAGCACUAGCACUAGCAGUGAAUGCAAGAAGAACGGGAUGUAGGAUGUGGACGUGCCUUUAAAAUGGCGUUGUCAACAAUGAGCAGGAAGGUUUUGUUAUACUGAUUUAGUGUAUAAACAGUUAAUUAAAUUUAGAAGUUAUCUUUAUUUAGCUUAAUUAUAAUAAUUUAAUGAAAAAUGAACGGUCUAAGUUUUAGUGAGUUGUGUUGCUUGUUUUGUUGUCCACCUUGCCCCAGCAGAAUAGCAGCCAAACUAGCAUUUCUACCACCAGAACCAACAUACGAAUUUGUGUCGGACGAAAAUGGAAAAUGCAGUUUUGCGUUGACAGAACGAGCAGAAUGGCAGUUUUCGGAUAGGGAAAAAGAAAAUGUAGAAGUAUUUUUUACAAGAACAAAUAGAGGAAAUCGAAUCGCAUGCUUAUUUGUUAGGUGUAGUAGUACAGCUAGGUUUACUAUUUUGUUUUCACAUGGAAAUGCAGUGGAUUUGGGACAAAUGAGUAGUUUUUAUUUGGGUCUAGGAUCUCGUAUAAAUUGUAACAUAUUUAGUUAUGAUUAUUCCGGUUACGGUGUGAGUGCAGGUAAACCAUCAGAGAAAAAUUUGUACGCUGACAUUGAUGCUGCAUGGCAAGCUCUUAGGACUAGAUAUGGCAUUAGCCCUGAAAAUAUAAUACUCUAUGGCCAAAGCAUUGGCACCGUACCCACAGUAGAUUUGGCGGCACGAUAUGAAGUUGGGGCUGUGAUAUUGCAUUCUCCUCUCAUGUCUGGCAUGAGAGUUGCCUUUCCUAACACAAAAAGAACAUGGUUUUUCGAUGCCUUUCCCAGUAUCGAUAAAGUUCCAAAAGUAAUGUCACCAACAUUAAUAAUACAUGGGACAGAAGAUGAGGUGAUAGACUUUUCUCAUGGGCUAACCAUCUUUGAAAAGUGUCCUAAAGCUGUGGAACCCUUAUGGGUUGAGGGGGCAGGUCAUAAUGAUGUGGAAUUGUAUUCAGUUUACUUGGAAAGGCUUAGACAAUUUGUGAUGGUAGAAUUAGAUAACUGACAACUAUUGGCUGGCGAGGAUGUAACUUUUAGUUCGGGUACGUCAAGUUCGGUAGGCGAAAAAUUACUCUAGCCAGCAUUAGCAGGAGUGGUUAAUGUGAAGAAAACCUCAUCCUCGAAGCCGUUCUCCUGCGGAAAAUUUAAAAUUAAGAACCAACCUAAACUACCAUUAUUGACAACAAUCUGCCACAGUGUACCGCCAGUGUGUCUCACUGUAUGUCACUGUCUACUACUUGAGACCACUUGCUAGCUACUGCUCUGUAUUUUCUACUGUAAAUAUUGUUACUUGUGGACUUUUAUCAAAUGUGAAUGAAUAUCGGAAGACAAUCCUUAAAGUGAUGCAAUACUGAUUAGUACGGUCCUAUGUAAACAUGGAAAUUUAAGUUUUUGUACAGUGUUUUACAUAUUGUUGCUUAAAUAUUUUAUAUAUAUACUUAGAUAGGUAGGAAAAUUACUACUACAAUUUUCAAUCUUGUAUAUUUAUGAUUUUAGUUUAUUUUGUCUAGUGUUUAAUUUGUAACUAAAAAUAAAACGUUAGUUUACAAUAAAUUUGGAAGAUAUUAAUGUAGGUUAAUAUUUCUAUUUGGAUAACUUAAUGUACUUAAUAUGUUCCAAAAAAAAACAUGAAAAUGGAAACUUGUGUUGAUACACAAUUUCUUUUACUCCAAAUGAUAUUUUCUGUACUUAUAAUUGCAACAGUAGGAAAGAUUAUCACUUCCCACAUAUCUGUCCUUUAAAUGACUAGAAUUUACUUUCAAAUCAAUUUCCCUCAUGGUCAAGUAAUUUUUUUCUUUAUUUUGGUAUAAGAAAACAAAAAUUUGUUUAAACAGGUAUUGUGAAGGACUAUUAAAGCUUACUUAAUUUUUUUAUAGAAUUUGUUGCAUAUUGUGUAAGUAGAAAAUUAUUUAUUUAUUUCCUUUUAACAUACAUCAAUACCUUAUUAAUGGUUUAUAUGGACUGAUAAACAAAAAUGUGUAUAUAAAAUAUGAUAAUUUGAAGUCAUGUGAUUAUAAUUACUAUUUUUUUAUCGAUAUGAAAUAUUAAUUUCAUUUUAGUAACAAAGAAUUUGUACUAAACCGAUUAUAGAUAAUAGUAUUAUAAAAUGUGCAAUAAAAAAAUUAACCAAGUGUAAUAUUAAAUAAAGUGCUUUAUCAUAUCAGGGGUAAAUAGUACAAAAACAUAAGUUUUCAUGUGAAUUAUAGGCAUUCCGUUGACUAACUUGGUCUAUGUGUGGAUUUUUAACUUCAUCGAUAAUGUGUUCUGUUGGGAAGGAGUAAGCCCUGUCCAACCCUGUCCGUUUGACGUUAACUAAAAUUGAUUUAGUAUUUUCAUCAAAAUAAUUUAUUUUGCGUCAUCUAAUUUUUAUAAUUUCGGAAUGUAAAUAUUUUUUAAAUGGACAUUUUUUGAAUUAUUUAUUGAUUUUCAAAUUUUUUAUAGUGAACAUUUUAGUAAGUCAUACUUGAGAGAUGAAUUUUUGUAUUCAUUAUUAUAUGAGCAUAAGUUUAACAUGUCAAAAUUUUAAUUCAGAGAAAUCGUAUUAAGAAUGACUUACUAGUUAUCUCAAUUGUACAUACUAUGGAUGGAUUAGUUUCCAGCCAUACGUUGUAUUUAUUUUUAUAAGUUGAAGUUUUUCUGUAAAAGAGUAUGAAGUAUCAGGUUCAUUUGUUUCUCAACACUA